GGCGCAGGUUGCGGGAUGGAAAGCAAGGCACUGCUGCUCACCGCUUUGUGGCUCUGCGUGGAGAUCCGGGCUGACUCUCUAGGUUUGCCCAGUGUUUCUCUCGAUCCACCCAGGCUCAGCAUACAAAAAGACAUACUUACAAUUAUGGCUAAUACAACUCUUCAGAUUACUUGCAGUGGGCAGAGGGAGUUGGACUGGCUCUGGCCCAACAACCAGAGCGGUUCUGAGAAAAGGGUGGCAGUGACCGAGUGCAGUGACCACAUCUUCUGUAAGACGCUUACAAUUCCAAAAGUGAUCGGAAAUGAUACUGGAGCCUACAAGUGCUUCUACCGGGACAGCGACAAGGCCUCAGUCAUUUAUGUCUACGUUCAAGACUAUAGGUCUCCAUUUAUUGCUUCUGUUAGUGACCAACAUGGCGUUGUGUACAUCACUGAGAACAAAAACAAAACUGUGGUGAUUCCAUGUCUUGGGUCCACUUCAAACCUCAAUGUGUCACUUUGCGCAAGGUAUCCAGAAAAGAGGUUUUUUCCCGAUGGUAACAGAAUUUCCUGGGACAGCAAGAAAGGUUUUACUAUCCCCAGCUACAUGAUCAGCUAUGCUGGCAUGGUCUUCUGUGAAGCAAAGAUUAACGAUGAAAGUUACCAGUCUAUUAUGUACAUAGUUGUGGUUGUAGGAUAUAAAAUUUAUGAUUUGGUUCUGAGUCCCCCUCAUGGAGUUGAACUGUCUGUUGGAGAGAAACUCAUCUUAAAUUGCACAGCAAGGACUGAGCUGAAUGUGGGGAUUGACUUCCACUGGGAAUACCCUUCUUUAAAGCAUCAGCACAAGAAGUUUAUAAACCGAGACCUAAAAAUUCAGCCUGGAAAUGACAUGAAGACAUUCUUGAGCUCCCUCACUAUAGAUGGUGUUACCCGCAGUGACCAAGGCUGGUACACUUGUGUGGCCUACAGUGGGCUGAUGACCAAGAGGAACACCACCUUUGUCAGGGUCCAUGAAAAACCCUUUGUUGCUUUUGAUAGUGGUAUGGAAUCUUUGGUGGAGGCCACAGUGGGAGACCGAGUCAGAAUUCCUGUGAAAUACCUUGGUUACCCUCCUCCUGAGAUAAAAUGGUAUAAAAACGGAAGACCCAUUGAGUCCAAUCACACGAUUCGAGUGGGGCACGUUCUGACUAUCAUGGAAGUGAGUGAGAAAGACACAGGCAAUUACACAGUUGUCCUCAUGAACCCCAUUUCAAAGGAGAAACAGAGCCACGAGGUAUCUUUGAUUGUGACUGUCCCACCUCAGAUUGGUGAGAAAUCUCUGAUCUCUCCCGUGGACUCUUACCAGUAUGGCACCACGCAAACGCUGACAUGCACGGUCUAUGCUGUUCCUCCCCCUCAUCACAUCCACUGGUAUUGGCAGCUGGAGGAAGAGUGCACUUAUGAGCCCACCCCAGCUGUUUUAAUGACAAACCCAUAUACUUGCAAAGAAUGGAGAAGUGUGGAGGACUUUCAGGGGGGAAACAAAAUUGAAGUCAACAAAAAUCAGUUUGCCUUACUUGAAGGAAAAAACAAGACUGUAAGCACCCUUGUUAUCCAAUCAGCAAAUGUGUCUGCAUUGUACAAAUGUGAAGCGGUCAACAAAGCAGGAAGUGGAGAGAGGGUUAUCUCUUUCCAUGUGACCAGGGGUCCCGAAAUCACUUUGCAACCUGGCACCCCACCAACUGAGCAGGAGAGUGUGUCUCUGUGGUGCAGUGCAGACAGGGCUACGUUUGAGAACCUCCUGUGGUACAAGCUUGGUCCACAAGCUCUGCCGAUCCAUGAGGGAGAAUUGCCCACGCCUGUUUGCAAGAACUUGGAUGCUCUUUGGAAAAUGGAUGCCACCAUGAUCUCCAAUAACACAAAUGAUGUUUUGAUCAUGGAGCUCCAGAACGUAUCCUUGCAGGACCAAGGAAACUAUGUCUGCUUUGCUCAGGACAGGAAGACCAAGAAAAGGCACUGCGUCGUCAGGCGGCUCACGGUUCUAGAGCUCCUGGCACCCGUGAUCACAGGAAACUUAGAGAAUCAGACAACAAGCAUUGGCGAAACCAUUGAGGUUUCAUGCACCGCGUCGGGGAAUCCCCCUCCACAGAUUACGUGGUUUAAAGAUAAUGAGACACUUGUGGAAGAUUCAGGCAUAGUACUGAAAGACGGCAACCGGAACCUGACCAUCCGCAGGGUGAGGAAGGAAGAUGAGGGUCUCUAUACCUGCCAGGCAUGCAGCGUGCUUGGGUGUGCCAAAGUGGAGGCAUUUUUCAUAGUCGAAGGUGCUCAGGAAAAGACGAACUUGGAAGUCAUUAUUCUAGUGGGCACUGCAGUGAUUGCCAUGUUCUUCUGGCUACUCCUUGUCAUUGUUCUUCGGACCGUUAAGCGGGCCAACGAAGGAGAACUGAAGACAGGCUACUUGUCCAUUGUCAUGGAUCCAGACGAGCUGCCCCUGGAUGAACGCUGCGAGCGCCUGCCUUAUGAUGCCAGCAAGUGGGAGUUCCCCAGGGACCGACUGAAACUAGGUAAGCCGCUCGGCCGUGGUGCCUUUGGCCAAGUAAUUGAAGCAGAUGCCUUUGGAAUUGACAAGACAGCAACUUGCAAGACCGUGGCCGUCAAAAUGUUGAAAGAAGGAGCAACACACAGCGAACACCGAGCCCUCAUGUCUGAACUCAAGAUCCUCAUUCACAUCGGCCACCAUCUCAAUGUGGUCAAUCUUCUAGGUGCCUGUACCAAGCCUGGAGGGCCACUUAUGGUGAUCGUGGAAUUCUGCAAAUUUGGAAACCUGUCAACUUACUUAAGGAGCAAAAGAAAUGAAUUUAUCCCCUACAAGAGCAAAGGGGCCCGAUUCCGACAAGGGAAAGAAUAUGUUGGAGAAAUCACAAUGGAUCCUAAACGCCGCCUGGACAGCAUCACCAGUAGCCAGAGCUCAGCUAGCUCUGGGUUUGUUGAGGAGAAAUCCCUCAGUGAUGUCGAAGAAGAGGAAGUUUCUGAAGACCUGUACAAGAACUUCCUGACCUUGGAACAUCUCAUAUGUUAUAGCUUCCAAGUGGCUAAGGGCAUGGAAUUUUUGGCCUCACGGAAGUGUAUCCACCGGGACCUGGCGGCACGAAAUAUCCUCUUGUCCGAGAAGAAUGUGGUUAAAAUCUGUGACUUUGGCUUGGCCCGGGAUAUUUACAAAGACCCAGAUUAUGUCAGAAAAGGAGAUGCUCGCCUGCCUUUAAAAUGGAUGGCCCCAGAAACCAUUUUUGACAGAGUGUACACAAUUCAGAGUGACGUGUGGUCUUUUGGUGUCUUGCUCUGGGAAAUAUUUUCCUUAGGUGCAUCUCCAUAUCCUGGAGUAAAGAUUGAUGAAGAAUUUUGUAGGCGACUGAAAGAAGGAACUAGAAUGAGAGCUCCUGACUAUACCACACCAGAAAUGUACCAGACUAUGCUUGACUGCUGGCAUGGAGAGCCCAAUCAGCGGCCCACAUUUUCAGAGUUGGUGGAGCAUUUGGGCAAUCUGUUACAAGCUAAUGCUCAGCAGGAUGGCAAAGACUACAUUGUUCUCCCCAUAUCAGAGACUUUGAGCAUGGAAGAGGAUUCUGGACUCUCUCUGCCUACCUCACCUGUUUCCUGUAUGGAGGAAGAGGAAGUGUGUGACCCCAAAUUCCAUUAUGACAACACAGCAGGCAUCAGUCAGUAUCUACAGAACAGUAAGCGAAAGAGCCGGCCUGUGAGUGUCAAAACAUUUGAAGAUAUCCCAGUGGAGGAACCAGAAGUAAAAGUUAUCCCAGAUGACAACCAGACGGACAGUGGUAUGGUUCUUGCAUCAGAAGAGCUGAAAACACUGGAAGACAGAACCAAAUUAGCUCCAUCUUUUAGUGGACUGAUGCCCAGCAAAAGCAAGGAGUCUGUGGCAUCUGAAGGCUCGAACCAGACAAGUGGCUACCAGUCCGGGUACCACUCUGAUGACACAGACACCACCGUGUACUCCAGCGAGGAGGCGGAACUUUUAAAGCUGGUGGAGAUGGGACCGAAAGCUGACAGUGCAGCCCAGAUCCCCCAGCUCGACUCCGGGACCCCAUUGAGCUCUCCUCCUCUUUAAAAGAAGCCACUCAUGAACCCCACUCCUGGAAAUCACAGGAGAGGUGCUGCUCAGAUUUUCAAGUGUUGUUCUUUCCAUCACCAGGAAGUAGCCACAUUUGAUUUUCAUUUAAAAAACAAAACAAACAAGCAAACAAAAAACCCAGGACCUCAAACUGCAGGGAACCAAUCCUCUAGGCAUUUCCUGAGAAGAUGCUGGUGACCCAAGAAUGUGUUUGUCUCCUUCCUGUGCUGAUCUGAUUCUCUCUCUCAUUCAUUCAAAAGCAUGCAAGGUGCCUCCCACUUUGAGUCUCCCCAUGGGUUCAAGCAAAAGAAGUUCAAGGAACAUACCCAGUCUCAGAGAAGUAACAGUACCUGGGAAGCGGAUACUUCUGUAAAACUAGACGAGAAAACAGGCCUUGCAAGUGCUUUAGGUGUUGAAGACUGGAAGACCUCUGGGGCCCUGGGGGUGACUUGACCUUAGAAGCUUCGUAUGGAAUAUGGGUCCGGAGCCGGCGGGAUGUGGAGUUGGGCUGGAUAGACAGGAAGGUAUUGGCUUGCUUUGAGAGCACACUGGAGCCUGCAAGAACACUGUGUUGGCUGUGGUGGAGGUGGACAUGGGGUCUGUUAGAAAAUGUAAAAGCAUCAGAUGAGGUUACUCAUUUUAGAAGUUCGCGUGCUUUUCCCAGUUGGGCUAAACGAGAGUUCCUUAUGCUAUUUCCGACUCCUAAUGAGAGUUCCUUCCGGACUCUUAUGUGUCUCCUGGCCAAGCCCCAGGAAGGAAAUGAUGCAGCUCUGGGUCCUUGUCUCCCAGGCCAGCCCUUUAUUCAGACCACCACAAAGAAAAGACAUUCAGACGGAGGCUCCCUGUCGUGUUGAAGCUUUCUGGCUGUAUAAACCAGCUUCUGGUUUCUUCUGGAUGAAUACCCACAUAUCUGUCCUGAUGUGAUAUGUCUGGGCCUCCGUAUAGUAGGUUCCGUGUCAAGCUGUGGUGUCAAAGCGUCAGGAGAGAUUUUGCUUUGUUCUUCCACCUUCUCCUCAGCCUUCCUCCUUCUACCCCCAGCCAGUCAGUAUUUUAGUAAUUUGGCCUCUACACCCUAGUAAAAGCUCAUUUGGUGUGUGUACUCUCUGAAUGAUUAUUAGCCAGGUUGCAAAUUAUUUUAUAACCAAAGUUAUAACAACAUCUACUGUAUUAUUUAGAUUUUUAACAUGUAAAGCUGUUUCUACUGGUUUCUGCCCUUGUUCUUUCCUUUUUAAAAAAGAAAAUGUAUUUUCCCUUUGGUACCAUAGUGUGAGAGGCUGGGAACCAAUAUUAAAACAUACUAUGGCCCAUAUAUUUAUAGUCUGUUUAUGUAGAAACAAAUGUAAUAUAUUAAAACCUUAUAUAUAAUGAACUUUGUACUAUUUACCUUUUGUAUUAGUAUUAUGUAGCAAAUACCAAAAGUCGUAAAGCUUUAGCAAUUGAUGCCAUUUUAGUAAAAACAUUGAAAAUCUUGCAGGGAUCCUUUUGGAAAGUCGCAGGACUCUUUGGUUUCUUUUUCUUCUAAAAUGAA